AGGAGGUGAAACCCUCAGCAGGACGCAGCCUACGCCUCCUUCCUCUUCAAUAAGCUCCAGCGGCUGCAGUGUCCUCGCCGCGGCCGCCAUGCUUCUGUCGACGCUCGCUGUGACGUGUGCGGCGCCUCCUUCCACCAGCUGAGACGCCUCGCUCUGCGCCGCGCUCUGGGCAUCGGCCGCGAGAUGACGCCUCGCCCUGCUGCGGCCCCGCCCCACGCCGGCCCCGCCCGGCCGGCCUCAGACGAGCUGCCGCCGAAGCAGCAGAGGUGGUCAUAUGACGAGCAGCAGGGGGGCGGGGCCCUGUGGGGGUGGGGUGGAGUCCAGAGCACCUACCUGGGCGGGGGCGGAGCCAAAGGUCUGGCCACGGUCACGCCCCUCCCCCUGAGCGCUCAGCACCACCUGGAGGGCGUGUGGAGGGUCUCCUGCUGCACGCCAGCACGCCUGCACAGUACGGUUCUGACUUCAGACGGAGAUCAUGUGACCCUGAAGACUUCGACUCAGGACGUCAGACCAGCCGCUCACAGCGUCGCCACCCAAACCAGCCAACCGCCGUCUGCCGCCGCCGCCUUCUUCAUCAGGGCGGCUCAGAAGCUCAGUCUGUCCCGCAGGAAGAAGUCCCAGUCGGGCCCCGGGGCCACCUCGCCCGUUGAGUCCCCGGGGCCCCUGCUGUACACCGGAGGCUUCAGCGGGGCCCUGCAGCUGUCCCCGCCCGCCGUACCACCAUGUCUCCUCCGGGCCGGGUCAAAGGUCAAGGACACGCCAGGGAUAGGGAAGGUCCGAGUCAUGGUCCGGAUCUGUUCAGUCCACAGCAGCGAGUCCUCAGAGUCCAUGUCCCUCCUCAAGGUGGACGGCAGGAAGAAGCUGCUGACUCUGUGCGAGACGUCGACCGGAGGACAAAGCGCCGCCGCCCAGAGACGAUCCGCCGCCGCCGCUCCAAAGACCUUCACCUUCGACGCCAUCUUCUCCCAGGAUGCAUCACAGGCUGAGGUGUGUUCGGGGACGGUGGCUGACGUCAUCCAGUCGGUGGUGAACGGAGCCGACGGCUGCAUCUUCUGCUACGGACACGCUAACCUGGGUAAGACGUACACCAUGAUUGGGCGGGACUGCUCCACACAGAGUCUGGGCGUGGCCCCGACAGCCAUCUCGUGGCUCUUUAAGGUGAUCGAGGAGCGGCGGGAAAAGUCCGGCGCUCGGUUCUCCGUCAGAGUGUCCGCCGUGGAGAUCUCCGGCCGGGAGGAGAUGCUCAGCGACCUCCUGGCUGAACUGUCCUCCUCCUGCUCAGCGGGGGGCCAGCAGGAGGCCUCGGGCCCCGCAGUGUCUCUGAGAGAAGACCCCCUCUGUGGAUCGCAGCUGCAGAACCAGACGGAGCUGCGGGCCACCAGUGCCGAGCGAGCGGCGUUCUUCCUGGACGCCGCGCUGGCAGCGAGGAGGAGCAGCUGGGCGCCGAGCGACCAGGAGGCCCGCAGGAACUCGCACUUCCUGUUCACCCUGCACCUGAACCAGGAGAGGCUGGACAAGAGCAGCAAGGCUGCAGUGUCCGGGCGGAGCCGUCUCCACCUGUUGGACCUGGGCAGCUGUGAGACAGACAUCAGCAGGACCAGAGAGGGGGGCGGAGCUCAGUGUUUGUCUCUGUCCGCGCUCGGGAACGUCGUCCUCGCCCUCGCCAACGGAGCCAAGCACGUCCCCUAUAGGGACAGUAAGCUCACCAUGCUGCUCGGCCAAUCCCUCGGAAACAUCAACUGUCGAACCACCAUGAUCGCCCACAUCUCCGACUCCCCCGCCAACUACAUGGAGACGCUGACCACGCUGCAGCUGGCCGCCCGCGUCCACCGCAUGAGGAAGAAGAAGUGCAAGUACGCCUCCAGCUCGUCCGGAGGGGAGAGCUCCUGCGAGGAGGGCCCGUCCCAUCGGCCCCCUCAUCUUCGGCCCUUCCACCCUCGCACCGUGGCCCUCGACCCGGACACGCCCCUGCUGCUCUCCAGCGACCCCGACUACUCCUCCAGCAGCGAACACUCCUGCGACACCGUCAUCUACGUCGGGCCCGGUGGGGCCGCCGUCUCGGACCGAGAGCUGAGCGACAACGAGGGGCCGCCUUCCUUCGUCCCCAUCAUCCCGUCACUGAACAAAAAGCGAAUUAAAGACGCCCCCAGGUCUGACGGAGACCACUUUAAGUGCAACACGUUUGCGGAGCUGCAGGAGCGACUGGACUGCAUCGAUGGCAGCGAGGGUCCGGCCAUGUUCAGCUCUGAGGCCAAAGCAGCAGCGUUCAGGACUGGAGCUGCGAAACCCACAGAGGCAACGUCUCCGCCCAGAUCCGACCAGAACUCCUCCCGCGGGAUAUUAGAAAGCACACCAACCACAAGCACAAACAAACCAGAUCAGGAACAGUCCAGAGGCCCUUCAGCUAGCGGCCUCACGGACGCUUCCAAACGGACGAGUGCAGACGGGGAGAAACUUUCAGCUGCCGCUAUUCAGCCCUUUGCGGUAAAACAAGGAGGGCCUUCCUGCCAGGCCUCAGAGCCCGUGGUGAGAGAGAAGGUCUACCUCAGAGGAGGCGUCCCCAAGCCGUCAGCCUCGCCGUCCUUACCCAGGAUGUCCAGAGCAGCGUCUCAGCCUGGGGAGCCCGCAGGCAGGACCCCUCCAGUGGGAAUGAGUCAACCACUGGGGUCCCCCAACAUGGAGAGGGCCCACAGUCUGCGGGCCGCUCUGUUGGGAAGAGGCCUGGACACGGACUUUCUAAGGACGACCGUCACUCUGCAGCAGCCCGUGGAGCUGAACGGCGAGGACGAGCUGGUCUUCACAGUCGUGGAGGAGCUUCCACACGGCCUCGUCCCGGACAACGGCCGCCCCUCCAACCUCCUCCGCUUCAACACUCUGCAGACCCCCGGCUCCCGGCCUGUGAGCAUCAUCAGCAGCAUCAACGACGAGUACGACGCCUACACGUGUCAGCAGGGAGCUGCGGGGCCCGGGGUGGAUGUUGGCACUGAAUGCCAGGAAGUGCCCUUACCCCAACAUUGCAAAAAGCACUCAACGGACUCGUGCCCAAGUGAAGCGACUGCUGAUUCAGCUGAGGGUGAAUUUUCAACCAGCAGGCUUUACAUGAGGGACAAAACUCUGUCUUCAGAGAGUUCGUCCAUGCUAACCUUGCCGAGUAUGCCCCAUAAACAGACGUUCCUGCAGCACGGCAUCAAGAGCUCCCUGAACGACAGCGGCGUCUGUUUCUCUGAGCUGGACAGCGACCCUGCUACUCCAAACAAACCCGCUCUUACCAAACGCCCCUCCUCCCCCGACUCGACCAAAGCCUCACCCAAAGGCUCUGUCAAGGUGAGAGCCAGCGCUCCAAACACUCCAGUGUCCGCCCCCCACGCCGCCCAUUCCAGUCUUCCCAGGAAAAACAAGCCUACCUCGUCGUCAGCUGCCGGCUGCAGCAGACCGGAGGGCAGACAUGAGGACUUUUUGCUUCAGGGAAGCAGCCAGUUUGAUCCCAGAGGGGUUGAGUUCCUCUCUGCAGGUAAGCCACCAAGAUGUGGCGUGAGUAGUGUUUCCUCUAAGAGGCCUGGAGGGAAUAGUAACAGCGUACCUCGCCCCCCAAAGACACAGAUGUCUUCAGCUCAAAGGGUCGUGGAUGGAUGUGAGAAGUCCAGCAGCCGGAGAGGAGACACUCUGAUCAAGCUGCCACGACUCACUCGAGGCGCAACGACUCUGGGAACCGUCUCCGUUCCUCAGAGCUCUGAACUGAAGUGGGGUCAUGAGGGCGCUUCAGUGACAAGUACACUGAGGUUUUCAUCUCUGGGAAAAAAGUCAAACGGGCAGAAAAGCAGCGUGAUCUCCAAGUCUGGGUCUGGAAACAUCUCCCCUCCCGCUCCGCCCAUCAGACAGUCAAGCCAAGAACAAAAGACAAGGACUGCACCAUCUCCAAGUGCCUUAAAAACGAGCAGCGACACCGGGAAGUUCCCUAAAACGUCCACCUCAGAGGAAGAAUUUAACGUCAGGCUGCGGGCGGAGUCAUUCAGCCACAGGACAUCUAGUCUGAAGACUGAACAAGGCUCUGUGAGGACGUCUUCCAGCCCGAAGACACGAGGGAUGAGAGCUGAGUCUUCCAGGUACUUUGGGAGUCUGAUGUCUCUGGAGACAGCUGGGUCCAAGCCUGAACCGUCCAGUGGAGCUACUUUAGGAGGCAGAUCCAACAGAUCAGUGCCGAGACUCGGGGUUCCAGCCUCCACCGUCUCAUCUGCGUCCCAGCCGCCUCCUGCUGUGUUUGCUCAAAGUAAACUGGUGCAGGUCAAAGGCAGCAGCAGCUCCCGGACAGCGUUCUCUGCUGGAUCCAAGGUUCGGACUCUUUCUGCCAGCAGCUCCAAAACUCUGAGCUCUCCAAAACCUCCUGAGAACGCAGCUGGACGCAGCCCGUCUCCAACCGGCAAGUCCCCGGCUCGGACAGGAGCCAAGGCGGGGAGAGGCACCGUCAUGGGCACAAAGCAGGCCAUCAGCAGGGCCGCCAACAGCCGGGUCAGCGAGCUCGCCACCGGCAGCCAAAGGAAGCAGCUCAGCAGGAGCCCCGGAGGAACAGGAAGCGACGGCACCGACAGCGGGACAAGCAGCGUCAGCGGGUCGCCGAUCAACACGCCGCUGCCAUCACCGUACAGCAAGAUCACCGCGCCUCGCAGGCCGCAGCGCUACAGCAGCGGGCACGGCAGCGACAACAGCAGCAUCCUGAGUGGGGAGCUGCCGCCCGCCAUGGGCCGCACCGCCCUGUUCUACCACAGCGGGGGCAGCAGCGGCUACGAGAGCAUGAUCCGGGACAGCGAGACCACCGGCAGCACCUCCUCGGCCCAUGACUCCAUGAGCGAGAGCGGAGCGUCCUCGUCCAACAGAAGCAGAGUGUCCAAAUCUCCCAAAAAGAGAGGAAACGGUUUCCUGCGGCGGCGGCUGAUCCCGGCUCCCCUCCCGGACACUUCCUCUCUGGGCAGGAAGGUCGGAGGUCAGUGGGUGGACCUGCCCCCGCUGGGCGGCGCCCUGAAGGAGCCCUUCGAGAUAAAGGUGUACGAGAUCGACGACGUGGAGCGCCUGCAGAGGAGGAGGGAGGUGGUGACGGGGUCAGAGCCGUUCCACGACGUCGAGAAGGGUCUGCUCUACUUUAACGCCCGGCUCAGGAUGCUGGAGAAGCGGCAGCAGCAGAUCAGAGAGCUGAAGAGCAAACACGAGCGGCUGAAGGCGGAGCUGGAGGAGGCCAAGAGCCGGCUGAUGCUCCACCCGGGCAAGUGGAGCGGAGACUUCGACGUGGACCAGGACCUGGACCGGGAGUCCCAGGAGUACCUGGAGGCUCUGGCUCAGGUCACGGCGGAGCUGGAGUACUGUGUCAACCUCUGCAAGUCCCGCGUCAUGAUGGAGACCUGCUUCGACAUUGCCGUGACGGCGGCCGCGGCGGCGCAGGGAGGACAGCCGGAGGUGGAGGUGUGAGAGGAGAGACGGGCGUGGAUUCAUUCAGAGAGCUGGAUACUGCAUCAGCCCGCAUCUUUGGAUGCUCAUGGUACCGCAACAAAAAUAUUCCCCAGAUCAGAACAGCAUUAAGUUUUGCACAAAUCUGUAAUGGAAACCCGCCUACUCACUCCUAUAAACUCACUGAGCAACUUUCUUGGAGUCAAAGUCUUGAAGUGCAGUAUCCAGUUCUGAUAACACAUUUAUUGUGACCAGUGGGAGAAAGAGGAGAGUCUCUGAAGGCUGAUAAUGAAGGCCAUGAUUUAUUGUUCUGAGGGUAAAAUUCUUCUUUCAGGACGCUACAGAAAAACUCCGACAUCAUUUAUUAUCAGCGGACAAACAUCCGACAGUGUCGUUCAUUCAUUCAUGAGGUCGAACCUCCGAAAACUCAAAUGAGAGCGAAAGAAGCAGAACGUCUGCAGAGCUCCUGUAGGAACAAACUGCACGUAAAAACAGAACGUGUCGGUGACGACUGACAGACAGAAAAUCACACUUUUCUGGAUUUUAUUUCCCUCGCAGACGGACGUUUGUCCUCUGUGGAGACACAGCAGAUUAGAUUAGUGAAGAUGAACAGAUCUCUAAAAGGAUGAAAGCUCUGGAAGUGCCUU